AUGGUGGCUGGGCCUCGGGCACUGAAAAUGGGGAAUCAUGUGAGCCACAAUCUGAAGCACGCUUUGCACCACGAAAACCACUCGAAAUCGUCGAACAAGAAGCACGAGCCGCCCCACAACAAGAAGAAGCAGCAGACUCUCGGCAUUCUCGCUUUCGAGGUCGCCAACGUCAUGUCCAAGAUUAUUCACCUCCACAGGUCCCUGUCCGAAAACGAGAUCCUCGGCCUGAAAAACGACAUCUUGAGCUCAGAGGGCGUCAAAACCCUCGUCUCCGGUGACGAAAAACAGCUCCUGGAGCUCGCCCUCGAGGAAAAGCUUGAUGAUUUGAACGCUGCUGCUAGUGUAGUUUCAAGAUUAGGCAAAAAAUGCACUUUACCUGCCCUGCAGGGCUUUGAGCAUGUUUAUGGGGAUAUAAUGUCUGGGGCUAUUGAUACUAAGGAGCUCACUUUCUUGGUUAAGGACAUGGACAGCAUGGUCCGGAAAAUGGAGAGGCUCGUGAACUCGACCGCUAAUUUGUACUCGGAAAUGGAGGUUAUGAACGAGCUGGAGUCCGCCACCAGGAAGUUUCUGCACAACCAUCAUGAGGAGAGCCGGAAGGCCUUCGAGCAGAAGCUGACGUGGCAAAAGCAGGAUGUGGGCCACUUGAAGGAUGUUUCCCUGUGGGGCCAGACGUACGAUAAGGUCGUCGAGCUUUUGGCCCGAACUGUGUGUACGGUGUAUGUGCGAAUUCACUGCGUGUUUGGAGAUUUCCACUCGGGAGGUGAUAUUUGUAGUGCCUCGGUUUGUAAGUCGCAGGUCGGUUUUAGCGGUAGCUUUAGACGGGCGAAGUUGGAUCCGAUGCCGAAAUCUGGACACCUUAAUAUGGCGUCCAAUGUUAGCAAAGACGCUGGUAAUUUGAAGAAACCGGUUUCAUAUUCAUCCAAGAAUAACAAUAAUAAUGGUCAUCAACGCAGAGGUGCAGUUUCGGAGUUUCCCAAAAAUUUAGGGGUUCCCUUGCGUGCGGAACAUUUAGGCCCGGCGUGUUGCUCGGUCCCGGGGAGGAUGUUCUUGGAGUGCUUGAGUUUAAAUCAUUCCAUUUCAAAAGUGGAUUAUGAUGAUGAUGAUGAUGAUGAUGGUGAUGAUGAUCAUGCUACUUGCCAUGGUGAAAGCAGCCGUAUUUCGGGCUUUUUGAGUGCAACCAGUGGCAUGACGACCGGGCUUUCGGGUUUGCUUCUCCAUGCUACCAGUCGGGACCACCCCACCAGGGACAGUUUGGUCAAUUCCUCAAAAUUCGGGCCCAAAGGACGGCUGAUGGGCCACGCAGCCCCAAGUUCAGUCGGGGGCUCGGCCCUUGCCUUGCACUACGCCAACAUAAUCAUUGUUCUCGAGAAAUUCCUAAAAUACCCCCACCUUGUCGGGGACGAGGCCCGUGACGAUCUUUACCGGAUGCUUCCCACGAGCCUGAGAAGGGCAGUGAAGGUGAGCUUGAAGAGCUACUCAAAAGAAGUUGCAAUUUACGAUGGGCAUAUCGCACACGGGUGGCGGGAGAGGCUCGAAAGGACGCUCGGGUGGCUGGGCGUUCUCGCCCAUAACACGAUGAGGUGGCAGAGCGAACGUAAUCUCGAGCAGCAGCAGAUCGUGAAGCGGACGAACGUGCUUCUUGUCCAAACGUUGUAUUUUGCAGAUCGGGAGAAAACCGAGGGGGUUAUUUGUGAGGUGCUCGUGGGGUUGAAUUAUAUAUGUAGGUACGAGCAGCAGCAGAACGCGUUGGCGGAUGGGGGCAGUAGCUUCGAUUUUGAGGAGUGUAUGGAGUGGCAAAUGCAGUUCAGGGGUUCGUAUGAUUCUUGA